GCGCGGGGUCCUUGGGCGCGCAGCCUGGUUCCCUCGGAGGAGACGGCAAAUGGCGGACUUCGACACCUACGACGAUCGGGCCUACAGCAGCUUCGGCGGCGGCAGAGGGUCCCGUGGCAGCGCUGGUGGCCAUGGUUCCCGUAGCCAGAAGGAGCUGCCCACAGAGCCCCCCUACACAGCGUAUGUGGGAAACCUGCCCUUUAACACAGUUCAGGGCGACAUAGACGCCAUCUUUAAGGAUCUCAGCAUAAGGAGUGUACGGCUAGUCAGGGACAAAGACACAGACAAAUUUAAAGGAUUCUGCUAUGUAGAAUUUGAUGAGGUGGAUUCCCUUAAGGAAGCUUUGACCUACGACGGCGCACUGUUGGGUGAUCGGUCACUUCGUGUGGACAUUGCAGAAGGCAGAAAACAAGAUAAAGGUGGCUUUGGCUUCAGGAAAGGUGGACCAGACGACAGAGGCUUCAGGGAUGACUUCUUAGGAGGCAGGGGAGGGAGUCGCCCCGGUGACCGGCGGACAGGCCCUCCGAUGGGGAGUCGUUUUCGAGACGGCCCUCCCCUUCGUGGAUCCAAUAUGGAUUUCAGAGAACCCACAGAAGAGGAAAGAGCACAGAGACCACGACUUCAGCUUAAACCUCGAACAGUCGCAACACCCCUCAAUCAAGUAGCCAACCCCAACUCUGCUAUCUUCGGGGGAGCCAGGCCCAGAGAGGAAGUCGUUCACAAAGAGCAAGAAUGAGCCUGCGGUUGGGAGGGAAUGGGGUGUGGGGGAGAGUCAGACAGGACCGCGGCCUGGCCAGCCCUCUGAACUGGCCACCCUGCAGUUACCGUUCCUGCGCCUGACAUUUGUCCUCCUUUCUUACAGCGGAAACUCAGAGCUUGUGAAUGCAUGUCAGCUGUUAACAAGUGGUUUUUAGUACAUCCUUGGCUUUGCUCUGUCUAUCUAGUGCCUGCUUUGUGCUUUUUUUUUUUCCCCCUACCACCUCUUGCCCAUUUUUCCUUCUGUCCCUUUUUCUUCUGACUUCCUCACAGCACAUGGUUUUCUGUAGAGGAGUGAAGGCAGCCAGCAUUUGGGAGGAGCUCUUUGGGUUGAGGUGCUGCUUCAUCUUUCUCCUUGGUUUCUCUUUUUUACUUUAGAUGCACUGGCCAGAUUCCAGUCAUCCCCUUUGGUUUUCCUCAGUGCUUCUCUUCUGACCUGCAUGUCGAGUUCUGUAUUGCUGUGACUUCCAAGGAAAAAAUCAGAAAAGAAGUCACUGAAAAAGUGAAUAGCAUCUUGGUUUUAUUCAGAUCAGCAUAGAGAAUCUGAGGCACCUUGUUUUAAAAACAAGAAAAAAUAAUUUGUCGAUGCCUCACCGAUUCCUGCCUGUCCCCACUUCUCUGUGGUCUUGUCUCCACGGCCCCUGCCCACGUGGAUUAUUCAAGCAAAAUAGGCUCAGAUUUCAAAAGGUGAAGCCUGAAAAAGAGUGUUGUGAGAUGUUGGUGGGCAUUCACAUGGAGGAUGGGUUGAAUGUGCUCAUGGGCUCACAGUUUCUUUAUGGUAGCCCUUCAGACUGCGGUCCAGGCUAGUGAUUUCUUUCACCGGGCGGAUGUGUUUGAGGGCUCCUCCCUCUGGCCACAUGUAAACAGACUGCCUUCUUGUCCCAUUUCCUCUGGGUUGAGGCACUGUGGGGGUCAGGUGUUGGUGGUAGAGCUGUGCUGGGCUGACCAUAAAGUCCUUACAUUGCUUUUCCCAAAUCCAUGUAGUCUGUGUGUUGGCGUCUGUCUCUUGUGUUUAUCUUUUACCCCGUGUAACAUAACGAGAAGUGUACGUCCCACCACCCCUUAAAUUUGUAGUAAAAAUGGAAUAGAAUCUGGCACUUUAUUUCACUUGAUGAAUUGAAAAUUUCACUAUGCAGAGUUAUCGAGAACCUUAAAAUAGCUUCCAGGUGGCUGCAAAUGACAGCCUUGCUCCUCGUCUUCGGGGCCGAAUUUAUUAUCCUCAUGUAUGGUGUUUUCAGCACUUGUCUGUGGAUUGGGGGUUAGGCAGUUGUUUUUGAGCUUGAAUACCUCUGUGAACUACAUAAACAUUCUUUAACCCCCAAAUCCCAGCCUGUCCCAUUGGGAGCAGUUCAGGGUCCGCCAGCAGCUAGAGUCCUAGGGAAAGAGACCCUGGCCAGCAUGGGAGGGGCGGGGGAGUGCCAAGGGGUAGCCUGGCCUGUGCAGUGCAGUGUGCUUAGGGAGUAGUCCACGCCAACCCUCCAGCCCGGGCUUCUACUGUGUCUUUGUUCCAAGGUCUCAGCAGUUUACAGAACUCGCCUUCCUUGCCUCUACCUGUCCUGUCUGCUUCCGAGAUAAGAACCAUUUGUAACACCAACACUUAAUGUAGAAAGACAUGCAUUAUGUGGUUGUAAUCAAACCCGAUGCUUUCAGACGACCUCCUUACAUCUUCAAUGUGGAAAAGAUUAAGAACAAAACAAAUCAUCUAAACUGCUGGGCGACCCAGCUGACUUUUAAAUGUAAGAACAGGAUUCCAAACACUUAACACAUUCAGCUAUAUGACAGAAAGUAAAUCUAUGGAUAUGGUAUUUUGUGAAUGAUCUUUUAAAUAAAAGAAAACCUUACGUAAUA